AUUACUUGUCAUUGAUAUGUCACCUUUAAUCAAUAUAAACAAAUGAACGAUCAGAUGAACAUGAAUGGAAUUGAAAAUAUUACGAGAGGCAUGGAUAAUUGUCUCACCCAUCCUACCAAUCCGGCAUGUUAUCUCAAUCGUGUAGAUGAUAUGAUUCUUUCCAAAAUGAACCAAAAGAAGCUGUUUCAUCCAUUGGUUCAAAUUCAAUUGAAAAAACACCAUCCUACAAAUCGAUGUGCAUUUGAGAGCCUCGAUUCACCUGAUUUGAUGACCCCUCUUCUCUGUUCUUCCUAAAGGGGUCGUCAGAAUUCAGUUUAUCAAUCAUUAGGAAAAAAAAGGUUGAGAUUGUAGAGAGAAUUGAAGAUGUCGACGGAAAUGGCUAACACAGAUCCAGAGGGAAUCGAUGGUGUUCGUAUGACCUGGAACGCCUGGCCUCGCACAAAAGUUGAAGCAAGCAAGUGCGUCAUUCCAAUCGCCGCUUCGAUUUCUCCGAUCCGUCCUCACCCACACAUACCCAACAAUCCUUACGCGCCUCUCCGAUGCAAGACCUGCUCCGCCGUUCUCAACCCUUUCUGCCGUGUCGACUUCUCUGCCCUGAUUUGGAUCUGCCCAUUCUGCUUUCAACGCAACCACUUCCCCCACCACUACUCCGGUAUUUCCGAAACCAAUGUCCCCGCAGAACUCUACCCCCAAUACACCACCGUCGAAUACGCCGUCCCCAAUCCCGACACCCGUCUUAACCCUCCUCAACCCGUCUACGUAUUCGUCCUCGACACGUGUAUGAUUGAGGAGGAAUUAAAGUAUGCCAAAUUGGCAUUACAACAAGCACUUGAAUUCAUACCGGAAAAUGCUUUGGUGGGUUUUGUUUCCUUCGGGACGCAGGUUCAGGUCCAUGAAUUGGGUUACGCUGAUAUCUCCAAGGUUUAUGUGUUUCAAGGCUCCAAAGAGAUGACAAGAGAGGAUGUACUCGAUCAACUAGGACUCCUCGCCGGCGUUGCCAAUGGCCGGAGAAUGGGUGGUGGACCGGGUUUUCAAAAGGGGGUAGUACAAGGACAAGGACAAGGGUUUCCAAAUUCAGGGGUUUCCAGGUUUUUGUUGCCUGCUUCCGAAGGCGCCUACAUAAUCCAUUCGCGAUUAGAAGAAUUGGGUGUCGAUUUAUGGCCUGUUGCACCUGGUAAUCGAUCGUUGAGAUGCACUGGUGUCGCAUUAAGUGUUGCAGCAGGUUUGAUUUGUGCUUGUUCGCCUGGAACUGGUGGUCGUAUAGUGGCUCUGGUUGGUGGGCCAUGCACAGAAGGCAAUGGUUCUAUUGUCUCACAAGAUUUAUCUGAUCCAGUUCGAUCGCAUAAAGAUUUAGAUAAAGAUUCAGCAUUAUACUUUAGAAAAGCAGUCAAUUUUUAUGAGGAACUUUCAAAGCAGAUGGUUAGCCAGGGUCAUGUUUUGGACCUUUUUGCUUCUGCACUAGAUCAGGUUGGGGUUGCAGAGAUGAAGGUUAUUAUUGAAAGAACUGGAGGCCUUGUUGUUCUAUCAGAAAGUUUUGGUCAUUCGGUUUUUAAAGAUUCAUUUAAACGUGUUUUUGAAAACAGAGAAGAUUCUCUUGGUCUUUCUUAUAAUGGCACACUUGAGAUGAACUGUUCAAAAGAUAUAAAAAUUCAAGGGAUUAUUGGACCUUGCACAUCUCUUGAGAAGAAAGGACCUGCUGUUGCAAGCACAACAAUUGGUCAAGGGAACACUAAUGCAUGGAAGCUGUGUGGACUUGAUAACGACACUUGUUUGACUGUUUUAUUUGACAUUUCUUCAAGUGAUAAACCAGAUCAUUCUGGAAACUUAAAUCCACAAUUGUAUAUACAAACACUUACAAGCUACCAAAGUAUUGAUGGACAAUCAAAGCUUCGAGUUACUACCAUUACAAGAAGAUGGAUAGAGGGUUCAGCAGUUUCAGAGGAAUUAAUGCAAGGUUUUGAUCAAGAGACUGCUGCUGUAGUAAUGGCUAGAUUAACAUCUUAUAAAAUGGAAACCGAGGAAACAUUCGAUGCAACAAGGUGGUUAGAUAGAAAUCUGAUCCGUCUAUGUUCUAGAUUUGGCGACUACAGAAAAGAUGAUCCGACUUCAUUUUCGUUAAACCCUAAUUUUUCUUUGUUCCCUCAAUUUAUGUUCAAUCUAAGGAGAUCUCCAUUCGUACAGGUGUUCAAUAACAGUCCAGAUGAGACAGCUUACUUUCGCAUGAUGCUAAAUCGGGAAAGCAUAACGAAUGCGACAGUGAUGAUCCAACCUUCUUUGAUCUCGUAUUCAUUCAAUUCGUUGCCUUCACCUGCUUUGCUUGAUGUGGCAUCCAUUUCAGCUGAUCGAAUCCUUUUGUUAGAUUCGUAUUUCAGUGUUGUUAUUUUCCAUGGAAUCACUGUUGCUCAAUGGAGGAACAUGGGCUACCAAAAUCAACCAGAACACCAGGCAUUUUCACAAUUAUUGCAAGCUCCACAUGAUGAUGCUGAAUUGAUAAUACGUGAUCGAUUUCCUGCCCCACGAUUGGUGGUGUGUGAUCAGCAUGGUUCUCAGGCACGAUUCUUAUUGGCCAAGUUGAAUCCUUCAGCAACUUACAAUAGUGACGUGGGUGCUGGAAUGGAUGUUAUCUUCACUGAUGAUGUAAAUCUUCAAGUAUUCCUUGAACAUCUACAAAGGCUAGCAGUUCAAUCUUCUUAGAUACAUACCACUUUAAAUAGCACUUGAUAGGGUUACAAAAUUUUCAUUUUUCAUCAAAGUUUUGCAGCAUAAUCUAGAAAUGAUUAUUUACACAAAAACGUGUGAUUGAUCAAACCACGGUUUGCGAAUUUGAUGUAGUUUGCUUCGUUUAAAUCAAAUGGGAUAAUGAAAGAAAGAUGAAACAUGUAAAUUUGAAGGUUGAUGGAUUAUAUGAGGUGACAAUCUACUAUAAAAGAUUUAUUUUUAGUUG